UCUCAGGCUUUAGUUUGAUCAGUGAUUUCUCUUCACUCCCUAUAGGGGGUCUUUCUGCGGGGUGUUUACAAAAUUGUAGGUGUUUUAGGUGUCGCUUUGCUGUGCUCGGAUUUGCGCUUUCUUCAGUCCAAAUUCUCCUUGAGACGCGGCACUAUGGGUGGAAUGUGGAAAUCACCGGCUGCGAGCCCACGCCGUCUGUCAGACAUCAGCCCACAACUUCGACAGUUAAAAUCCCUGGCCGUCGAAGACGAAAUAAAGGAGGACUUCAAGUCUUCCCGCUCGGUGGAGGACAUAAAAAACGCGUCGAUCGAGGAGCGCAUCCUCAGGAUCACGGGCUAUUACGGCUACCAGCCAUGGAGCUCCACUGGCCCAGUUGUGGAGAAGCCUAACAAAGAGAGGGUGGAAGUGAAGGUUGACAGCCAUAUUGGGACAAAUGUGAUAAAUGUGGAGAGUACAAGUAGGCGGCAGACGGUACGUUGCUGUCUGUGUUGGACUGUAGCCCACCUGAGGCAGGCACUAUGGGGUGUCACUGUGGUUCUCUGUGUAUGUUCAUCAUGGACGGGAUCCACUCAGCUGGCCAAACUGACUCUCAGACAGCUCAAUGUUCCCUUCACGCUCACCUGGUUCUCUACCUCCUGGAACUGCCUGCUUUUUCCCCUGUACUACCUGGGUCACCUGUGUUGGAGCAAGGAGAGGCAGAGCAUUCGACAGCGCUUCAGGGAGUGCUGUCAGUUCCUGGGUGAUGAUGGACUGUCAGUGAAAACGCUGCUGUCAGUAGUGGCACCAUUUGGAGUGCUGUGGACGCUCACCAGCUACUUAUACCUGCAGGGCCUACGCAGGAUCCCUGCAACAGAUGCCUCAGCUCUCUUCUGUUGUAGUCGUGCAUUCGUCUUUCUCAUUUCCUGGAUCGUGCUGCGUGAUCGCUUCAUGGGUGUCAGGAUUGUUGCAGCUAUUUUAGCCAUUGCAGGCAUAGUAAUGAUAACAUACGCUGAUGGGUUUCACAGUCACUCUGUGAUUGGCAUUUCCCUGGUGGUUGGAGCUGCAUCAACAGCAGCUAUGUACAAGGUACUGUUCAAGCUGGUUUUGGGUAGUGCCAAGCUAGGUGAGGCUGCAUUGUACUUGACUGUCCUUGGAGGAGCCAACAUGGUCUUUGUCAGCAUUGUCCCUCUCAUACUCAUCCUCACUGGAGCUGAGGAUUUUGGCUCGCCCAGAGAGAUACCUUGGCACAGUCUGUGUUGUACAGCUGCACUCCUGCUGGUGUUCAAUUUCCUGAUAAAUUUUGGUGUUUUGAUAACGCUUCCUACAUUGAUUUCUUUGAGCAUUGUCCUCAGUGUACCUGUUAAUGCUGUAAUAGACCGCUACAUGUGUGAUAUCCAGUUCAACAGUGUGCGUAUCAUUGCCAUGUCCACCAUCUGCCUGGGCUUCCUGUUGCUGCUGCUCCCAGAGGACUGGGAUGAAUAUCUGCUGCAGCUUCACUCUUUGGUUUAUAACAGGAAGAAGCCACAAGAGGGAAGCAGAGACACACACACUGAAAUGCUACACACUAGCAAGACUGGAAAAUGCAACGCUAAAACAGCAAGUUCUCAUUAAGCUGAUGUUUGUUUCAUGCAAGAGGAGCAUUGCAUUCUUAACGGUGCUACGGAAAUAACAGCACUUACAUAAGAAGAUAAACCUGUGCAGGACUGCAGAUUUGGAGCGGAUUAUGCAGUACUUCUUCACUUGAUAUUUACAGAGACUGUCAAAACAUGAGGUAUGCGAUGAACACUGACUCCGUCUUUUAUUUAUUGCAUCAAAGCACAAGACUGCAUAAUGUAGCAUCUUGCAUAACUCAGAGUUCUAGAUAGAAACUGAUUUAUGCUGCAUUUGUUUUGUAUUGGACAGUUAUGUUUAAUACA